AGUCAGGGAGGAGCUCAUUGAGUGCGCGCGGUUCAAUUACUGCUCCCGACAGAAUGUGCGAGCCUGUCCGUAAAAGAUGAGCACGAGUUCAAAUCUCCGGGAGCAUGAGCUAUGUGGGUCUGCCCAGGAAGCCGAUUGUUUGCAAUUGGAUGAGGGAGUAAGACAAUGUCCAGAUCUCGGGUUCACCAAAUCCCCGUUGAAUACAAAAGAUAUGCCUCAGAGCCGGUUAAGCUUUAGUAUGGCAGUGUCUCCAGACAUUUGCCCUAAGGCACAAAUCUAUUUGGUCAGAGCGGCCUAGGCGCGGACCCUGAGCCGUCCAGCCCCAGGCGUAUCAACCAUCGCGACGACUGCCUGACGCCAAUCAAACGGCCAUCAAGCCUCUGGCGGCAGCCUGUAGACACUACUCCGACCGCAGACUGGUGCCGCUACCAGGACAUUGCUCUACUCCAAGGGCAUUCCCUGUGCAAAAUGUCGCGUUCGAGUCGUAAGAGAUGGGGAGAGAGAGAUGACUGGUAAGUGUUCUUGGGUUGCAGAGGAACAUCGGC